AGAAAAGCAGGGCCCGAGCUUGUGGUACCGCCGGGGGUCGUCGGGCAGGGGAGCUGCGGGUCAGCUCCGGGUCCCCGCGCGCCGUGGGUCCCAUCGGCGAUGCUACAGUUCGGCCUGCGCUUCUGAUGAGCCGUGCUCUGAGGGGACCCCGGGACCACAGUUCUCCAGCUUUGUAUUUUUAACACCUCCGCUUGCCCGACCGCCCGACGCCAGAGCGCCCUAAGAAGAACUAUGGAGGAGCCCUCUGAGCCAGAAGGACUAAUAGAUUGGAAAGAACGCUGUGUAGCUCUGGAGGCUCAGCUCAUGAAAUUCCGGGUUCAAGCAAGCAAGAUCCGCGAGCUCCUAGCAGACAAAAUGCAACAGUUGGAGAAACAAGUUAUUGAUGCAGAACGGCAAGCAGAGAAGGCUUUUCAGGAGGUACAAGUUAUGGAAGAGAAACUAAAGGCAGCUAAUAUUCAGACCAGUGAGUCAGAGACACGGCUAUAUAAGAAGUGUCAAGACCUGGAGUCCGUGAUGCAGGAGAAGGAUGACAUCAUUCAGAACUUGGCGCUGCAGCUUGAAGAGCAGAAACAAGUGAGGAUACAUGAAGCUAAAAUAAUAGAAGAAAAAGCAGCUAAGAUCAAAGAAUGGGUAACAGUUAAAUUAAACGAGCUAGAAGUAGAGAAUCAGAAUCUUCGUCUCAUCAACCAAAACCAGACUGAAGAGAUAAGAACAAUACAGUCCAAGUUGCAAGAACUCCAAGAGAAGAAGAUGUCCGGUGUCUCCUCACCAAAGCCCUCAGAAGGGCAGAGCCUGAGCAAUCUGACAUUUGGAUGCGUCUUGUCCCAAGCAGAGUCUCCUCCUUGUGUAGUAAAAUCUGAGGAAGUAAGCAGGACGGCCUCCGGUGAACCUGAGAUCACCGAAGGAAGAUGUGUAGAAGAGAUGGAAAUUGCAGAGAAGCCUGGUGACAACCAAGUCCAAGAGAACAGCAGAAGCCAGAGAAAGUUGCACGAGAUCUCUUGCAGCUCAGAACAGAACCUGAAAACGAAAGCCAGCUUUGCAACAGAUGGUGGUACGUCCCAGAAUUCUGGGGUUCCAGUGAGUGACUGGAGUUCAGACGAGGACGAUGGAAGCAAGGGCAGAUCUAAGUCCAGAUGCACAUCCACCCUUUCCAGCCACACGUCUGAGGAGGGUGGCCAGUGUGGCAGGCUGGGCAGCGAAGCCUACCUCACAGCCUCUGAUGACAGUAGUUCUAUAUUUGACGAAGAGACUUUUGAUGGUAAUAGACUUGAGCACAAGAAGCUGUGUUCUUGGCAGCAGAAGGCACCCUGGCAAGCUCAGAGUAACCUUGCAAAGGGGAGUUCGCAGUCAGGAGUAAAGGAGCAAGAUAGUUCCUCAGAUGAACUGAAUAAGAAAUUUCAGUCCCAGAGACUGGAUUUUUCAUCCUCAUCAAGCGAGGCCAACACCCCAAGCCCUAUUUUAACCACAGCUUUAACCCCCAAACACCCUAACUCAUUCCCUGGAAAAGGAACAUCGUUAGUGCCUCCACCAUUCCAGCCACCCCCAAAGCUCAGGAUCCCCAACGUUUUCAGUAUAAGUAUGGCACUCACCAAAAGGCACCUGAGCCAGCCACAGUUAUGUUCGGAGCGGAUGUUUGGAAUGAACCGGAAUGCCAUAAGCAUGAUCCGGCCGCUGAGGCCUCAGGAGACGAACCUUGAUGUGGUUGAUGAUGAUGGUGUCGAAGCUGUGAACAGCAUGGACACGGGCUGCGAUGACGGCUUAUUUUCCUAUGAGUCCCAGGAUUCUCCGAAUGCAGAUGCCCAGGAAAACGGCGAGGCCGCAAAGAAGGCCUCGUGCAGCAAACCCCCCACUCCUCCUUUGCACCGCUUCCCCUCAUGGGAGAGCAGGAUAUAUGCUGUAGCCAAAUCAGGCAUCCGAGUGUCUGAGGCCUUCAAUAUGGAGAAUGCUAAUCAAAACUCUGCAGACCUCAUUUCCUACUCUGCAACAAGUCCUUAUAUGUCUCUCAUAUACAAGAAUAUGACAACUCCAGUGUACACAACGUUGAAGGGGAAGGCAACACAAAUAAGUAGUAGCCCUUUCCUGGACGAUUCCUCUGGCUCAGACGAAGAGGACAGUACUAAGUCCAGCUCUCGGAUGUCAGAGUCAGAUACGCACAGUCGCAGUGGGCCGAGCAGUCCCAGAGCCAUGAAGCGAGGUGAGGGCAGUGCAUGUGUGCAGGAGGCAGUGCGAGCACACUGGGAAGGUGUAUCUGACUCCUCAGCGGCUUCUGAAAGUGAUUAUGCCAUUCCUCCGGAUGCCUACUCCAUAGACACAGAGUGUUUGCAGCCUGAGCAGAAACUCCUGAAAAGCUGCUUGGCCUCCAGUGACAAUGGGAAAAACGAACCAUUAGAAAAAUCUGGGUACCUACUAAAAAUGAGCAGGAGAGUCAAGACUUGGAAGCGGAGGUGGUUUGUUCUUAAAGGCGGCGAAUUACUUUACUACAAGUCUCCAAGUGAUGUAAUUCGGAAACCCCAGGGCCACAUUGAACUUAGUGCAUCCUGCAGUAUUUUACGGGGAGAUAACAAGCAAACAGUUCAGCUUACCACAGAGAAGCACACAUUCUAUCUGACGGCAGAUUCUCCCAAUAUACUGGAAGAAUGGAUCAAAGUGUUACAGAAUGUUCUGCGAGUACAAGCUGCUAACCCUCUUUGCCUACAGCCUGAGGGCAAACCCACAGUAAAGGGACUGCUCACCAAGGUAAAACAUGGCUACUCUAAGAGAGUCUGGUGCAUGCUUGUUGGAAAGAUCUUGUAUUAUUUUCGUAAUCAAGAGGAUAAGUUCCCUCUAGGUCAGAUCAAAGUCUGGGAGGCUAAGGUGGAGGAGGUGGACAGGUCCUGUGACUCAGACGAGGAUUAUGAGGCCCGUGGGUGCUAUCUGCUGUCCACUCACUACACCAUCAUUGUCCACCCCAAGGACCAAGGCCCUACCUACCUGCUCAUCGGAUCUAAGCACGAAAAGGAAGCUUGGCUUUAUCACCUCACGGUUGCAGCUGGAAGCAACAAUAUAAAUGUUGGAUCCGAAUUUGAACAACUGGUGUGCAAGCUGCUAAAUAUAGAAGGGGAGCCCUCCUCCCAGAUAUGGAGACACCCCAUGCUGUGUCACAGUAAAGAAGGACUCCUGUCCCCUCUGACCACACUGCCUUCGGAAGCUCUACAGACAGAGGCCAUUAAGCUAUUCAAGACCUGCCAGCUCUUUAUAAACGCUGCGGUGGACUCCCCAGCCAUCGACUACCAUAUCUCGCUAGCUCAAAGCGCUUUGCAGAUCUGCCUGACCCAUCCUGAGCUACAGAAUGAAAUUUGCUGCCAGCUUAUUAAGCAGACAAGGCGGAGACAGCCACAGAACCAGCCAGGACCAUUGCAGGGUUGGCAGCUUUUGGCACUCUGCGUUGGACUCUUCCUUCCACAGCACCCUUUCCUAUGGCUCCUCCAGCUCCAUCUACAGAGGAAUGCAGAUUCCAGGACAGAGUUUGGGAAAUAUGCCAUUUACUGCCAGCGAUGUAUAGAAAGGACACAGCAAAAUGGAGACCGAGAGGCCAGACCGUCCAGGAUGGAGAUCCUCUCUACCCUUCUUCGAAACCCCUACCAUCAUUCUCGGCCCUUCAGCAUACCUGUGCACUUCAUGAACGGCAUCUACCAGGUAGUUGGGUUCGACGCGUCCACCACAGUGGAGGAGUUUUUGACCACUUUGAACCAGGACACAGGAAUGAGGAAGCCAGCACAGUCUGGAUUUGCACUGUUCACGGAUGAUCCUUCAGGCAGAGACCUGGAGCACUGCCUUCAGGGGAAUAUCAAGAUCUGUGACAUUAUUUCUAAAUGGGAACAGACGUCCAAAGAACAGCAGCCCGGGAAGUGUGAGGGCAGCAGGACUGUCCGCCUGACUUACAAGAACAGACUAUAUUUCUCAAUGCAAGCUCAUGGAGAGACUGAUAGAGAGAAGCUGCUGUUGCUGUAUCAGACAAAUGAUCAAAUCAUAAAUGGCCUUUUUCCUCUGAAUAAGGAUCUGGCAUUAGAAAUGGCAGCGCUUUUAGCUCAGGUGGAUAUUGGAGAUUUUGAAAGACCUUUCUCAACUCCAGCCGGGCCUGGGACUAACCAGUGCAAAGCAAAUCAAACCCUCAAACAAGUGAUAGAGAGAUUUUACCCUAAAAGGUACCGAGAGGUAUGCUCCGAGGAACAGCUAAGACAGCUUUACCAGCGACUCUCAACCAAAUGGAUGGCCCUCCGGGGACACAGUGCGGUUGACUGCAUUCGCAUUUACUUGACAGUAGCCAGGAAGUGGCCAUUCUUUGGUGCCAAGUUGUUCUUUGCAAAACCCAUAUCGCCAUCGUCACUUGGCAGUAAUUUCGUGUGGCUGGCUGUCCAUGAGAAUGGGCUGAGCAUCCUAGAAUACGGCUCCAUGAGACUAGUGGUCAGCUAUACGUACAAGGGUCUGAUGACCUUUGGAGGCUAUCAAGAGGAUUUUAUGGUAGUCAUUAGUACACAGUCAAAAGACGGGCCGACAGAGAAGUUACUUUUUGCCAUGACAAAACACAAGAUUCUUGAAGUUACCCUUCUGAUCGCCAGUUAUAUCAACAACUUCUAUCAGCAAAAGACAGCGUUUCACCACCUCUCUGCCCCAGCACUGCUCUCAACCAGGACCCAGGGGCCCCAAGCCAGGGCCAUGGGCAGCGAGCCCCCUCUACCCAACAGCAGACCCACCAAAGGCCCUACCUUACUCUGAAACUCCUGAGCCUGAGCCUGAACCUUCACUCCUUCUCCGCUACGUGGCUGCCAUCCAGCUGCAAGCAAGCGUUUACACCCUGCCGACAUGGCGCAUACAUACACCAGCACUCCAAACUUUAGCAGUAAUGGGUUACUCUCUUAUCUUACUCUUAAUAUUUAGAUAACAAUAAACACAAAAUGUGUCAACACA